AUGACGACAGCUCCAACAGGGUUUGGUGGUGGGGCUGGUAAGCUUAUUGCCAUCAAUUGGUAUGUGUAUCGACAGAUUUCAACAGGCUACAUUCGCGCCGACAUGCAGAUGGUGACAAUGCACGGCACCGAAAGGUCCUGCUCCGACCCCCUCCUGGCCGUGGUGCUGGACGGCCUCGACCUCCGCUUCCACUUCAAGCCACCUGCGGCAAGGUUCAUCCACCAUAUAACGGCAAACCUGGGGCUGAUCGGGCUGCAGGUGACAGCAGAGGUCGCCAACCCGCUGCCUCAAAAGAUUGAACUUGGUGGAACUGACCUCUCCGUGCGGGAGAACACCGUGGAAGGAGAGCAGAUCUUUCGCUUGAAAGGCGACCAAGAUUCAGGUCUCGGAGGGCAGGUGUUGCAGCCGAGUGAAAUCUCCGCGCUGAAGCUCUCCUUAAGCACUCUGGAUGCGGAUCUCAAGGACCCACUGCUUAUCGCCCGCCUCAUCGAGGAUGCUGUGGACGGAGCCGUCGUUGUCGGUGUAUCUGGGCCACUAUCCUUGACCAUCGCACCGAACUUCACACUGACGCUGAACUACAUCGCGAACAACGUGACCGCUUCAAUUACCUGCUUGCUGGUGUGUGGCUCUUCGCACAGUUUGCUGAACCCCGAGAACUGGUUUCCCACUGAAGGCUGA